GACGCUCCGCAUCAACCAAGAAACGGACGCCCGCGGCGAACGCGCGACGAGGGGAAGCCGGGACCCGAGCCAACCAACUCCUCCCUCCCUCCGGCGCUCCUUCCUGAUCCGCUUCCUCCGCCGAGCGAUCCCACUUCCGCUUUCCCACCUCUGUGCGCGUGAGAGAGGGCCGGGCCGGGUCGGGACUCGGGAGGAGGUAGCAAUGGCGGACGCCUGGGGCCGGGCCAAGCGCGCGCUCGUCACCAAGCUCUGCAUCCGCGUGCCGGACCGCCAGAGGGCCAUCGAGGACGCCCCGCCGCCGCCGCCGCGACGCGACGCGCAUCAUCCACCGUCGGCCGCGGCGCCGGGCCCUGCGACGGGGGAGGAGGAGAGGGCCAGGUCGCCGUCCGUGUCCUCGCGGCGGCUCUCCAGCUCCGGCAGCCGGGGCUCCAAGAGGGUAUGCGCCAUCUGCCUUGGCAGUAUGAGGACAGGGCACGGACAGGCCCUGUUUACUGCUGAAUGCUCCCAUAAGUUCCAUUUCCAUUGCAUCACUUCAAAUGUUAGGCAUGGCAACCAUAUCUGCCCAAUAUGCCGUGCCGACUGGAAAGAACUGCCCUUCCAGGGACCUCAACUUGCAGAUGCCACUCAUGGGAGAGCUAGAGUAAGCCCGGUAAAUUGGCCCCAAGACGACGGACACAUGGCUGUUAUCCGCAGGCUUUCCAACUCAUACAGUGGAAAUCUGCUGGAGCAAUUUCCUGUCUUCCGUACUCCUGAGGCAGACAUUUUCAAUGACGAUGAGCCAAUAGAUAUUCAGUCUGAAACUGUGGAGGAGAACAAUGCAGUUACUGGUUUGGUUGAAAUCAAGACAUAUUCAGAAGUGCAAGCCAUACAGCAAUCAGUGACCCAGAAGGUCUUUUCUAUCUUGAUCCAUCUCAAGGCUCCAAAGUCCUUGGAGUCCGUGAGCUCCCGUGCACCUCUUGACCUUGUGACCGUGCUUGAUGUCAGUGGCAGCAUGAAAGGGGCCAAACUUGCGCUUCUCAAGAAGGCAAUGGGCUUUGUCAUCCAGACGCUUGGACCCAAUGACCGGCUGUCUGUCAUUGCCUUCUCAUCUACGGCACGGAGGCUCUUUCCCCUUCGCCAAAUGAACGUCAACGGACGAAUGCAAGCCAUGCAGGCUGUGAACUCCCUUGUUGAUGGUGGCGGCACAAACAUUUCUGAUGGGCUAAAGAAGGGUGCUAAAGUCAUUGAGCACCGUCGGCUGAAGAAUUCUGUUUGCAGCAUCAUCCUUCUGUCAGAUGGUCAAGACACAUAUUCAGUACCAACCUUUGACGACGGGGUUCAGACAAACCACAGCAUGCUUGUUCCUCCCUCAAUCCUGCCUGGAACAGGUAAUCAUGUGCAAAUCCACACCUUUGGUUUCGGUGCAGAUCAUGACUCGGCUGCGAUGCAUGCUAUUGCUGAGACAUCUAGCGGCACAUUCUCAUUUAUUGAUGCUGAAGGCUCAAUACAGAACGGAUUUGCUCAGUGUAUUGGUGGCCUCCUCAGUGUUGUGGUCAAGGAGAUGCGGCUGGGCGUCGAGUGUGUAGACGAAGGCGUGGUACUUACCUCCAUCAAGUCAGGCGGCUAUGCAAGUGAAGUAGCCAUGGAUGGACGUAACGGGUCAGUCGAUAUCGGUGACCUGUAUGCAGAUGAAGAGAGGGGGUUUCUGAUCACCCUACAUGUCCCAGCUGCACAGGGGCAGCAGACUGUACUGAUCAAACCAAGCUGUACAUACCAAGAUGCAGUUACAACAGAGAGCAUUCAGGUACAGGGUGAAGAAGUGAGUGUUGAGCGUCCUGCAUACUCUGUGGACUGCAAAAUGUCUCCUGAGGUUGAGCGCGAGUGGCACCGUGUUCAAGCUAUGGAGGACAUGUCCGCUGCGCGGGCUGCAGCCGACGGAGGCGAUUUCUCCCAGGCCGUGUCGAUCCUCGAAGGCCGCACGAGGAUCCUGGAGUCACAGGCAGCACAAUCUUCAGACAGCCAAUGCCUGGCGCUGAUCACAGAGCUGAGGGAGAUGCAGGAGAGGGUGGAGAGCCGGCGGAGGUAUGACGAAUCAGGAAGGGCCUUCAUGCUGGCAGGCCUGAGCUCACACUCAUGGCAGAGAGCCACGGCACGCGGCGACUCGACGGAGCUCAACACCCAAAUUCACACCUACCAGACGCCGUCGAUGGUCGACAUGCUGCACCGCUCGCAGACUCUUGUGCCCGCCGUCGUCGAAAUGCUGAACCGCUCCCCGACCGUUGCUCCUUCACGCGGCUCCGGCAGGUCGGUGAGGUCGACAAAAUCUUUCUCCGAGCGGCUGGCGUGACGUGACCUGACGUUGCUUAUUCAUCAGAACCAAGUUUCAAGAAAUAACCUGUGAAGUGGUUAGGUGAUUUGAGACUAUCCAAAUUAUUUUUUAGUUUGAUUAUUCCUACAGCUAUUGCUUCGAUAUAUUUAUCUUAAAUACUCUAGUGGCCUAGUGGGCAUGGGGUUAGAAAAAUUGAUCUUGGGACAUACAAGUACAAGUAGUUUGCUGUACAUGAUCAGCGACGCUCGAAAGGGAAUGAUAAAUGUCAUACCUGAUAGCGGCAAAAAUGUCACCCUUGAAUUGAUGAGGAUGGUGAAAGCUUUUAAGCGUCGGUUAAUAACAACAUCCUUGUGCACUGCAUUCUUGGCCGACA